GCGAUGGGUAGCCGAAACUCGGCUGUAUAAACUACUUUGGUUGUCUGCUUGAGCUCAGUCGCAAUUGGCCGCAUCACUCGUAACCACGCCGAGCGCACGGCAUCACCUCUAACAGUGUUUCUUUUAAUAAAACAAGUAAAUGAGACAUUUCCGUACGCAAUAACGUUCGUGCAGUGUAGUGUGCUUUCAAAAUAGAUUUCGAAAUUGGAUUUUAAGAUGGCGAAAAAGCAGCGCGUACUAUUUGGGAUUCUCGUUUUGUUAAUCGCGGUCACCGCAGCGCCUAGUGAUAUUAGCGAAACAGACGAUGUCAUACAAGCUGAUAAAACUGAAACAAUUGAACCUAAUAUAGAAGCAAGCGACGGAAACUUGUCUCAAGGCUCAAAACGUCAAAAACGAUUUUAUAACUAUUACGGUUAUGGCUUUCCACCGAUCAGUCCCGUGAUUUAUUCUGAUUCGCCCAGAGGCUAUUCUUCCGAAGUAGGGCCUAAUGUAAAUGAAGAUCCUUUAGUAGAGAUACACAAACGUCUUAAAGAAAUAGUGGACGUUGUAAAGCAACCGGCACCACCACCUUCAACGCCUUUCCCGUUCCUUUUCCCCGUGAUAUUUGUUCCACAAUAUGACUGCAAUUGUUUUCAUAGUAGUGCCAUAAAUCCACCUACUGAACCAAUAGCGAAGAAGAACGAAACACUACCCAGUGUGGAGAACAGAGUGCCAGUACUACUAGAUGACGAAAGGCAAAAUUGGGGUUUAGUUGUAAAUGAAAGUGAAAACGAUGAUUAUGAAGACGACUUAACUAACAGACCUAUAUCUUUUGACCCCAUAAAGGCCGGGAGGCCAAUGGCGCGUCCACCACCACCAGUUGAACAUGGUAGUAAACAAAGUGAAACUGGAAACUUAUUUACAACGACAACAACAACAACAACUGCCGCACCAGCAGUUGUUACAAGUCUGGAAACUUUUGGAUUCCAGUCGCAGAUACCAAAAGCUCCCAGUAUUUGCGAGAAAGCGGUGUUGAGUUGCUGUCACCAAGUUCACGUAACGUACGAUUGCUUCGUGAGUCAAGGAUGCCCGAGUAUAGCUUCCGUAUCAAAUGGAAAACCUUGUGACCCCAAAGUCAUACUCCAAGUUAUAGAUCGCUUUCAAAAAUACUAUGGACAACGAAAUGGAAUUUGAAUUACCAGUUAGGUUAUUUACUUAAGUCAACGAAUUAGUGUUUAGACGUGUUGCUUUGAGAUCUAUGUUUUAUUAUUAUUUGAACAUCUAAGGUUAAAGAGCAUCUGUUUAAGCAACAAAAUAUGAUUGAAAAUCUAUUGAAUUAAAGUAUUGUGCAUUGUUUUUACGAGUAACUAUUUACUUUAUUUUAAUAUUUUAUUAUAUAUUAUCUAAAUAUGUAAAAAUGUCAUAACUAUUAUUAUACCUACAUAUUUUGUGAAUUAGUACAACUUAUAAGACGAUUUACAAUUUCAAAUUUACAUAGCUAAUUUUCAUGCGGCUCUGGAAACAUUUUUUCUAAAAUUACUUUCUGAUAAUCAUGGCGGUAUCAUCAGGGCGGAUUUGUAAGAUGAAAAUGAUAUUAAUGAAACGUUUUUACAAGAACUAACUGUAAUGUCUACUUGUGUAUUAUGAAUGUUUCCCACCAAUCUGACUAGUUUUAUCUUCAACAAAACAGCAAAUAUGUGUAUUAUUAAAUACCAUAAGCUUAACAGCUAUCAUUGGGUUGAUCUGGAAAUGUUCAUCAUAUUGGAAUUCCAAUGAGUUUCAUAGAAAAAAGCUUGAAACACAUUAUAAAUAUACUGUUUAACUAUAGAUAAUUUAAUUGGAAAUCUUCAGGAUAUAUUUUCAGAUACGACCGUCCAGUUCUGUUUAUUGUUAAAAAAGUGUAAUUUUUUAUAUCAGGACAUUGACUAUGUUGAUAAAUAUUCAACUUUACUCAUGGUUGGUAACCAAUACACAGACAGAUUCUUUUCUGUCAUUUAGUUACCUCAAGUUUUUCGAAACUAGGACAAUAAUUCUAAAACGAACACAUAAAUUUCAACUUAAAACCUGAAUCUAAUAAUGUUAAUAGAAAGCAGCCUUAGCGUCUUGAAUAGCUAACUGUACACUGUAUUUCGAUUCCUCAAGAGGCUUGUUAAGGUACAGUCAACUGUCUCAACAACUUUAACAAUUAUUGUCGUACUUCAUAAUUUCGUUGAGAAAAAAUCAUUUAUACGU